ACUGGCUGGGUUGUUCUGCAGUCUAGCAAAAGCGAACGGCGUGUUAACAUGUGGAGUACGGCGUGGUCGAUUCAAGCAACUGUUGAAUUGUGUUUAAAUAAUUAAUAUUGAAGUGUUUAAAGUUGAACGCAAGAAAUGGAAUAACUUAAGUCACCAAAAGCGAAAUAAGUUUCCAAUGCAAAAUUAAAAAUCAAGCAAUUGAGUUCAAGGAAAAUCAUGAGUAAUUGAGAGAAACAUAUUCCAAGUUGGUGGAAGAAAUUAAAGAAAAGAAGAGCAAAAGCUAAAAACAAAGUAAAGAAAUAAAACAGUUAGAAAAGUGAUCAGAAAAACAAAUUUCAAUUAUCCAAAUAAACUGACAGUAUUUUGAAGCUCAGUCCACACAUGUUCAUACAUGCAUAUGUACUAACAUAUUUAAUACACGGAGCAGGUUGUUAAGAUUUUGUUAGAAAAUUGGCAAAAAUCCACAAAUUAAUUAAAAUAAACAAAAGGAGCUCAUAAACUUUCUUUUGUUUAUACGGUAUAGAUGUAUGUAUUUAAUCGAAAAACGUAUUAAGUGAAGUUUUGAAGUAUCUUCCCAUCACUUUUUAUUCAUGAAUUGUGUACUUUGCCAUUGUUUAUCCAUAUUUACAUAUCUGCAAAACGUCUUCGAACAAAAAUUACGCGCACAAAUUAUAAAACAAAAACUUAGAAAACAUACGGAGAAUUUUACUCGUAUUAACAGAAAAUAAAAAUAACGCAACGACCGGAGCUGAAGAAAUUGUUGUACACAAAGGUCAACUAGUGGAAAUUAGCAGCGUCAAGCCAAAGAGAAACCAAAUAAAUACAUAGGAACAGAAAGAGCAGCAUAAAAGUGUUCGUUGAUGCUAACAGCGGGAAAAUGACUGUGAUACAAGAUAUCAAGCCAACAGAAGCUUGUGGAGCCGGCAUAAAUUGCUGCUCUACUGUUGCCAGUUCGGAAACCUCAAUCGAUAGGUCAUCGGUUUGUGUGAAGCCGAAUUGCACGAGUAAUGUACUACACAAACAAAAUAACUACGAAAAUUGGGAAACGAAUUUCGAUCAGUGCAAAGAGAUUGAUAUUGAAUUCGAAAAUGUGAAAUAUACAGUGCGAAAGUUUAAUUUUCCUGAGAGAAAAUUUGUUACAAAGGAGAUUUUACAUGGCAUCAAUGGCGCCUUCCGUGCUGGAGAACUAACCGCCAUAAUGGGUCCGUCAGGCUCUGGAAAGAGUACACUACUCAACGUAAUGACAGGCUUCAGAGCAACUGGUGUCACGGGGUCAAUACGCGUCAAUGGUGAGCCUAUUUCAACAAACUCACCCAGCUUUCGCGAACUUUCCUGCUACAUACACCAAGAUGACCUUCUGCGACCACAGAUGACUGUUGGCGAAACGAUGAUGCUAGCCGCGCAUUUAAAGUUGGGCUUUGGCAUCUCCAAGGAAUAUAAACAAAAUUUGAUCAAACAUAUUUUGGCUUUGCUGGGUCUGGAACACCGAUUCAACGUAUUUGCGGCGAAGUUGUCUGGCGGUCAGAAAAAGCGCCUGGCCAUAGCGCUCGAGUUGAUAAGUAACCCGCCAGUUCUGUUCUUGGAUGAGCCAACAACAGGUUUGGACAGCUCGUCGUGUAGUCAAUGUGUAUCACUCCUCAAGAAGUUAGCUUCGCUAGGUCACACUAUCGUUUGCACCAUUCACCAGCCAAGCGCAUUAAUAUUCGAAAUGUUUGAUAAGCUAUAUACUGUGGUCGACGGCAAUUGCAUUUACCAGGGUCCAGUUCGCGAAUUGAUACCGUUCUUAGAGGGACAGGACUUAGUGUGCCCAAGUUAUCACAAUCCCGCCGAUUUUUUGCUGGAAGUAGCUGUGGGCGAACACGAUCGUGAUUUGGUUAAAUUAAUAAAUGCUGCAAAUAAAAAGUACCAUGAAGAUGCAGAUAGCCAGCAAAUAAAUGUACAGCGGCUGCUUUCCACAAUCAAAGAUAAUGAAGCGUGUAGUAAAAUCUUCAGCAAUUUGAAACGUUUUCCCACCGCCAUGUCGAAGCUUGCAGCCUUCGACUAUGUAAAACCCGCUGCGGAUGAUGUGGCUUUGGAGGAAGUAAAGACGCUCAAUGCCAGUGCCGCUGCCACAAGUACGAAGAUGGACGAUAGUGACGAUGAAGUUGGCUCAACGGCGCAUGCGCGAAAUGUUCGCCGGCGUUAUACAGCCUACAAGGCUUUGCACACACAACAGGCCUCGUUCAUAAUGCAAUAUUUUCUGUUGUUGAACCGAAUUUUUGUAUGUGCGCGACGGAAUUAUUUUCUGCUGCUGGCUCGUCUGAUGUCACACAUUGUAAUCGGUUUAGUAUUUGGCUACUUGUAUAUGAAUGUUGGCGAUAAAGCGACCACUGUGCUCGGCAACUAUGUCUAUUUGUACGGUACGAUUUUAUUAUUGGUCUACACGGGCAAAAUGGCUGUGGUGUUAACAUUUCCUCUUGAAAUCGGAAUGCUGACACGCGAGCACUUCAAUCGUUGGUACGGUCUAGCACCUUAUUUCCUUUCGUUGCUUUCUUUUGAAAUACCUUUUCAGAGCAUUUGUGCGGUACUUUACAUGGCUAUAAGCGUUUAUCUCACUGGUAAUAAUACAGACGAGAGCUUUCGCAUAUAUUACUUCGUUCUGCUCGCAGUUUUGGCCACGUUAAGUGCACAAGCCUGGGGUUUCUUCGUAGGUGCAACGCUGCCAACCAAGUUGGCCGUCUUUUUGGGUCCUAUUUUGGCGGUUCUCUUCUCGGUGUUUGGCUUCUGCACGCGUUACAUCGACAUUACACCGAUCUUCCGCUGGAUGUGGCAUAUUAGCUACUUCCGUGCCGGUUUCCAUGGAGCACUUAAUGCCAUUUAUGGUUUAGAACGCCCAUUCUUACCUUGUCCAGAGACUACGAUGUAUUGCCAUUUUCGCAGUCCGAAAGUGUUUCUCAAUUACAUGAUGAUCUCGGAUGUCAAUAUGGCCGACUGUGUUACACUGAUGGUUGUCGUGAUUGCUGUUAUGCAUGUACUCACACUUAUUACGCUCUGGCAUAAGUUGAACAAGCGUUAAUUAACCAAAUAUAUGUACAUAAGCGUACAUAUACACACAUUUGCAGGUACAUUAAAAGUUACACAAAUUUAGUUACAAAUACGAGCCAAAUACGUACAUAUGUAGGAAAGGAAAAUAUUUUGCAAAUAGAAAUGCAUCUAUACGGUUUAUGGUUUUUAAUUAUUUGAACUCAUGGUCUAAGAAUGAAUUCAAUCGCAAAGUUUUGACUCAUUACUUCACAAAAAAACAAAAAACACGCAUUAACAUACAUAUAUUGUACAUUUAUACGUAUAAAUAGUAAUUAUGAUAACUUAGUAAGUAAAAUAGUAUUAAAAACAUAAACUCUUACAAAAUUCGUCGUUAGAAAAAAUUUAAUUUAUCAAUAUAGCUAAAACUUGUAGUUUAGUUUAGUAAUUUUGCACUUGCCAAUUUUAUUCAAUGAAAAACUUACCAAAAAUCUCUAAUAAGAGUUAUUUUACUUUAAUUGGAAAGCUAAUAAUUUGUAUAUUUUCUAAACUUUUUAUUACAUAUUUAGUAUGUGUCAAAAUUUAAGAUGUAAACUUUUUAUAUAAAAUCUGAAAUGUUAUUUGACAUUCCUACUGUACAAAAAUUAAUCAGAGAAAUGUGAUCAAUAAGUAAAUAUUUAGUUUAAUUGUAAGGUUAAUAUUAUUUGUGAACCCUAACAAAACCAUUUUCAAUGAUUUGCAUUUGUCAAAUGUGUACAUUUUACUUAAUUUACAUAUGUAAAUAACAAAUAAAUAAAGAUUGGUAAAAA